CUAGUAUGGAUUAUGUAGUGCAUCAAGAAAAUGUUGGGGACAAAAAAGAGCAACAAAUCCUCAGAAAAAUCUUAUCAGGGUUCGAGGACCUCUCUGCUAAAGGAUGGUUCAGAUCGAAGCCAAGCAAAAUGCUCCGUUUGAAUUAUGAGCUAGUAAAGAGAAUGGAGAGUACAAGUUUUCAAGGAAUGAUGAAGGUAGACCUUCCAAGAGAGACUAUUCAUACAGUCAGGUUCUAUUGUCAUAGCAAAACACUUCGCAAAAAGGUAUUUCAAAUGCUGAAACACCUUCAAAAUGUCAGAAUUAAUAUCUUUCAAAUAAGAUUCUUUUCACCAGGAAUAAAGCAGAGGUUUGCAAAGAUUAAACCUGACAUUAUAAGAAUUGUGCCAAAUAUAUUAAAAGAAGCAUAUUUUAAAAGUUUUCUGUUUGCUAGAAAAGAGUUCAUGGUUCUCCUUGACAAUCUAUAUAAUGUUGAGAAACUUAAUCUGGCAACAUGAAAAAUCAAAAAUCCUGAAAGUGUGGUUUUGAAGACAACUAAUUUUAAACUUAAAAAUAUUGAAAUCAUGUUCUGAAGUUCCUUUCAUACUUUAUUUGUGACUUAUGAUGCUCAAGAUUACGAAGAAUUUCUAUGAGCAAUUUCAAAUUCUGCUCUGAAAAAUUCUGUAACAAACCUCGUUUGAUUUCCGGAAAGUGGUUAUGAGAUAAGGAAAGAACUACACACCAAGUACGGGCUGGAACAUCUCACUAUGAAUCAUAUUCACAAAAGUAAUUAAAUCACCAAGCCACAAGUUAAACACCAUCUCAAAAUAUUCA